AUCUGCCAGUUGUCGCCAUCAUAUUUGGCUAAAUGUCAAGCUAGCCUUCAAGUCAUCCAGCCGUUGUGGUCGAGGACACAAAGUUAAUGAUAUCAUUAACCUCGCUUUGUUUCUUCUGUCAAGUACCUGUGAGCUGUUAUGAUGUUGUUAUCCGGUGAACGCGUCUAGGACCCGGCGCUGUUAUUGUAAUAGUGUGUAGUUUAAACGUUACUGUCACAUUAGCGGUGGCUAAUUUUCAGAGCACACAUUAGCUGGAGUCUCGAGAAGCUGCGAAAACUGUCGCUAGCUAGCAGCUAAACUAGCCAGCUAGUUAGCUGGCUGCCUAAAUAAGACAUCGAGCAACGUUGAAGUGAAGGAAGCAACGACUGUGGACGGUGUUACAUUAAGUUAGCAACGCACCUUAAGCUAAGGAGCUAGCAGCGUCACAGAGCUAGCUGCAACUCGGCUGAGAAACGGAUGAUUUUCAGCUAACAAAGCUAACACAACACGGAGCUGGGACUGGUCUUCUUCGGUGGGGACUCUGCUACACUGGAGCUGGCAUCGUCACAUCUCCCGUGUCUAAAACCUGGCUGUUGGGCCUGACAACCAAGAAGAUGUCUGAGGGAGAGAACAAGCAGGCCUCAGACACUACCCAGGAAGUGAAGGCAGAGUCCAUCGCUGCUGCACCCACGGGUCAAACGGUGUCGUCCGUGUCCCCCCCUGUGUCCAUGGUGACCCAGCCUCCAGCUACUGCUGCCAUGGAGGAUGAGGAAGAGGAGAGUGAGGAUGAGUCUGAGAUUUUGGAGGAAAGCCCAUGCGGACGCUGGCAGAAACGCAGAGAAGAGGUGAAUCAGCGCAACGUCCCUGGGAUCGAUAAUGCUUACUUGGCCAUGGACACCGAGGAAGGAGUUGAGGUGGUGUGGAAUGAGGUCAUGUUCUCAGAAAGGAAGAAUUUCAAACUACAGGAGGAAAAAGUCAAAGCGGUUUUUGACAAUCUGAUCCAGCUGGAGCAUUUAAACAUUGUGAAGUUCCACAAGUACUGGGCAGAUGUGAAGGAGAACAGAGCGAGGGUCAUAUUCAUCACGGAGUACAUGUCCUCAGGAAGUCUCAAACAGUUUUUGAAAAAGACGAAGAAAAACCACAAGACCAUGAACGAAAAGGCCUGGAAGCGCUGGUGUACACAAAUACUCUCUGCUCUUAGCUACCUGCACUCAUGUCAACCUCCCAUCAUUCACGGCAACUUAACCUGUGACACCAUCUUCAUCCAGCACAACGGCCUCAUCAAGAUCGGCUCAGUUGCUCCAGACACCAUCAAUAACCAUGUGAAAACCUGCAGGGAAGAGCAGAAGAGCCUUCAUUUCUUUGCUCCAGAAUAUGGAGCUGUUGCCAAUGUUACCACAGCGGUGGAUAUCUAUUCCUUUGGAAUGUGCGCCUUAGAGAUGGCUGUGUUGGAAAUCCAGAGUAAUGGAGAUUCGUCCUAUGUGUCACAAGAAGCCAUAAACAGUGCCAUCCAGUUCCUAGAGGACCCACUGCAACGGGAAUUCAUCCAGAAGUGUCUGGAGGUCGACCCCAGUAAGCGACCCACAGCGAAGGAGCUGCUGUUUCACCAGGCCUUGUUUGAGGUGCCCUUACUCAAGCUGCUGGCUGCACACUGCAUCGUCAGCCACCAACAUAUGAUUCCAGAAAAUGCUUUAGAAGAGAUGACAAAGAACAUGGACCCUAACUUGGUGAUUGUUGAGGUCAAGGACGGAGUUCAGAUGAAGCUCUCUCAGUUUCCUGCCCUUGAGCUCGACAAGUUCCUGGAAGAUGUGAGGAAUGGGAUCUAUCCUCUGACUGCGUUUGGCGUUCCCUCUCCACAACAACCCCAGCAGGAGACCGUGAAGUCGCCCAUAGUGCCCCCCUCGGUGAAAAGCCCGACUCCCGAACCUGCAGAACUCGAGACCAGGAAGGUCCUUCAGAUGCAGUGCAAUAUUGAGCCUGUUGAUGAGGGAACCAAGCAUCAUCUGACCUUGUUGUUGAAACUUGAGGAUAAACUGAACAGGCACUUAAGCUGUGAUUUGUUACCAAAUGAGAAUGUGCAGGAGCUGGCUGUGGAGCUUGUUCAGCUGGGAUUCAUCAGUGAGGGCGAUCAGCCACGACUCGCAUCCGUUCUUGAAGAGGCCUUUUCAAAGUUCUACAGCCGGAACGGUUCCCUCAAUCCGGUGACUGUCUCCUCGUAGCGGAGGACUCUCUGGGCCUUCUGUCGGCCCUCCUCGUGCUCCACAACAGGACUAGCUUUCUGCUCCGCCUCUGUGUUGCAGGACAGCUUUGUGAGGACAGAGGAGGAAGCCUUUGGUCUGGUUGCACAUCCUGCAGCCUGUCGUGUCUCCUGGUGGGAAAAGCUGCCACUAAGUGGUUGUCGCUGUCAAUCUUUUUUUAUUUCUUUCUCCCACCCAAUACAGCCAUCUGCUUCUCUUUUAAAAGAAGAAAUCCAAGUCGCAACUUAAAGGAAAAUACAAAUGUUUUCACUUUUCUGCCACUUAUCUCUUUGAGUGAAGAAAGAGGUAAGCUCCAUUAGACUGGAUGACAGCAGUAUUUCCCUUAAGUCAGUAUUAAAACUGUAUUUAAAAUAUUUUUACUGAAAACUGUUCAAUAGUUGUCCGUAUAGAAAACUGUUCAAUAGUUGUCCGUAUAGAAAACAAUAAUCUUUGUCCCGGCAUACUGAAGUGUAUGUAUUAUGGUGUUGUGAGGUAAAGUCUUGUCUGGUCCUUUAAACGUUCUCUUCAGCAGCGACUGAGGAAUCUUCCGACCUCGUAUCGGUUCUUGAAGACUCUCGAAUGCAUCGAGCUGCUUAAUGCGACGGCUGCGACGUCACUUUUCCUUCAAAAUCCUGUAAUUAUACAAAGAAGUCAUGAAAUCUGCAGCUGCAACACAAUUUGAAGAGCUGUAGCUAAAAUAUAUAGAAAUCUAAGUAUUUAUUUGUGUGUUUUUCUUGUGAGUACUGUCAUUCACUUCCAGCACUAAGGCCGGUGGGUGUUUGAAUGUAUGCUUUCAUUUGCUACCUUUUUCUUUAAAUCGUUAUUUUGCUUCGAGAAGAGGAAGUCAUCACUUGACUGUGGUCCAACUACGACUGUAGCUUCUGUAUCCAAGCAGCUCGUUCCAGCGCCAGUCGAUUAGGUCUAGAUUAAUAAUAAGUUGUCUUUAGGGGAUGUUUCACACAGGAGAGGUUGGUUAGAUUCAUGUGAAGAUGGUUUUGCGUUCCAGCACAUGAUCUGGUUCUCAAGAGGUUUAGUGAAUGCAUGUAUGCUUUUCUAUGCCUCAAAGGAAACCGAUGCGUGCAACAAGCUCUCUUCUGGAGUUUGUUUCCGUCUCAUUGGCACAUCGAUGGUGAUAGUUAUGUAAUCAUAUAGAGGAAGUUCUAUCAGCUUAGGCCGGUGAGCGUUGUGAUCGUGUGACUCUGAAUCGUUUGGUUUCUUCGUGGCUGAGGUAUUCUGCGUGACACCAGAGCUAACGCUUUGCCCCCGCCAUAUAGAUAUCGGCUCAUGUCCCCCUUCUGUGUUACCUGUUUGGGGAACUCUGUUAGUUUGCACUGCUGUACACUUUUAUAUCCUUUUAUGGAAAUGUCCUGUGGCCUCUGGCUGCUUUACUUGGAUAAAUUGGAUAUGGCAUCAUUCAAAAUGUCAGCGAUCGAGUCUGCUCUAUGCUGUGACACUACUUUUUUGACGGGUCUGUAGAUGCUUCGAGAUACAAGUGUGGAACUGCCUGGCAUGCUUGUAACCAUCUUGUACACUGUAGGCUAGAACCAGUGCUCUGUUUCUGCGAUGCAUUUACCUUCUUUUUCACUUCCUGAAAUAAAUAUUUACACUUCAGCUUUUUAGUUUGGUGUCAAUUUUCAUGAUCAAGGAAAGUGAAAGAAGAUUAAAGAUGGGAGAAUGUGUUAUUUCUGAUGUCGGCAAAAGUCAUAAAAAGUCGGAUACUAUCCUACGUAAACAUAUUAAAAACGCCAAUGAUCGCAUGUCGAAAAAUUCUUUAAAAAGUCCUAGUAUUAUGUCGGAAAAAUUCCUGGUGUCGUAUGUUAAAUAGUAUAGUACAUGUCAUGAUGUAGCAUGUAUGUUAUAAAAAGACAGUGUAUAGUGUGUUGAAAAAAGGCAUAAAAAAAUAGAUACUAUUUGUAGGAAAUUGCAUUUGAAAGUAAAAUGUGUAUGAAGUUGUAACUCGCAUUCUAAAAGUAAAACAAUGUACACACAGAAACCAAUUGAGACAAAAUUCAAUCGUUUAAAUUAUUUAUAGAAAAAAACCCAUCCUGGAGUAUCAGGAGCAUGAGCUCUGCCCUCCGAGCAUCACUGUUUGACUUCGUUAUUUGUUCAAAGUUUUAAGAAACUGUAGCCCUUGUACAAGUAAAUUCCUGUACGUAAAGUCACAAUGUGUGCUCAAAUAACAGUUGAAUAAAACACAUUUCAUGCUGACAAACACAUUGCCGUACAAAAUUACAGCAGUAUAAUAAAGGUACAGCAAGACUAAAAAAUAUUUUUGAUAUAAAACACUCUAGAAACACGCUCUAAAUAAAAAGCUACCAAAAUGGCGACAUCCAGUUCAUGAGUGUUUUUCCGCUGCGUGGGUCUUUUUCAAUUCUGUACAGUGAGUAAAAACAAAAAAACAAUCUACAAAAACAGUACAUAGCACUUCAAUUCAAACACAUUACUUUUCACAUUAAAUUUGUGUUUUACUCCCCAGUUUGAAAGUAAUGUAUAUUAGGCACAGUAAUUAAAUUCAUGAACCAUGUUUGGUUCCUUGUUUUUCUCCCCUUCAACUCGUUACCGAGUCUAAUUGAGUCACACUUUCUCUCUUUUCCAGAGGUUAGUUGAAACAAAGGGUGAUAGUUGCUGCUGAGCGUGAGCUUCUUUUACCGCAUCGUUUGUCUCCAACAAUUAAACAUUGCUGCACAUUGUUCUCAAUACCGGACCGCUGCCACGAAGCUUCACAUGUAAACGACACCCGUCGGAUUGAAAUGUCUGCAACUCUGAAGGCUCUCGUUCCAAAACACACUUUAGAUUUGAAGCUGUUAAUUUAAUUUUAAUUUCAGCACAAUUCAAAUAAUCAUUAUAAUCCAUUAUUUACAGGCACACUUUCCUUAAAUAUUUAGCAUUUGUUGAUGUCAGGUAAUAUUUAUAUUAAUGUUUUUAUGUUUGUAAAUAGAAUAUUGUUUGGACCUUAUAUUUGUGUUUUAUCAAACACCAUCAAAACUAGGUUUUGGGGUUAAUUCAAUAUCAUUUAUCAUCUCUCCAUAUUCAUAUUGAGACGUUCUGAACAGUGCAGUUUUACCUAAAUCUGUCGCAGCAUGAUAUCUUAAUAAUUUACGGGUGUUUUUUCACUAAAGACAUUUUGACUUGUCACGGUACGAAGAGCACAGGUAUUGCCAUUAUUGUGGGCUUAUGACAAGUCAAACUAU